AUGAGAGGGACAAAUGUUGUUUGUCUCGUUUUAUUGUUUGGUCAUCUCUCCGCUUUACCGGACACGAUACGAAUAGGGGGUCUUUUCCACCCCGAAGAUGAUAAACAAGAGGUUGCAUUUCGCUACGCCGUGGAGAGGGUUAACGCAGACCGCGCAAUACUGCCCCGAGCCAAGUUACUUGCGCAAGUUGAAACUAUAUCGCCACAAGACAGCUUCCAUGCAUCGAAACGAGUAUGCCAUCUCCUUCGAAGCGGCGUGGCAGCAAUUUUUGGCCCGCAAUCGGCUCCUGCAGCGGCUCACGUGCAAUCUAUUUGCGAUACAAUGGAACUGCCACACUUAGAAACCAGGUGGGAUUACCGUACAAGACGAGAAUCCUGUCUCGUCAACCUCUAUCCCCAUCCAGCGGCACUCAGUCGGGCGUACGUAGACCUGGUGCGGGCUUGGGGAUGGAAAUCGUUUACAAUAGUGUACGAAAAUAGCGAUGGGUUAGUGCGUUUGCAGGAAUUAUUGAAAGCCCACGGGCCCUCCGAACUGCCCGUGGCUGUCAGACAACUGCCAGAUUCACACGAUUACAGGCCACUUUUGAAACAAAUAAAGAACUCAGCCGAGUCUCACAUAGUGCUAGAUUGUGCCACUGAGAGGAUUAGGGAUGUUUUGCAGCAAGCGCAACAGAUUGGUAUGAUGUCGGAUUACCACAGCUACCUUGUCACUUCUUUGGAUCUUCAUAGCGUCGACUUGGAAGAAUUUAAAUACGGUGGAACGAACAUAACAGCUCUGAGGCUUCUUGAUCCUGAACGAGCUGAAGUUCAAAGAGUCGUUCGAGACUGGGUUUACGAUGAAGCGAGAAAGGGACGGAAGCUGCAACUAGGACACACAUCGGUAAAGGAGAAUAUGACUUUUAUAAAGACAGAGACUGCGUUGAUGUAUGACGCGGUACAUUUAUUUGCGAAAGCGUUACACGACCUUGACACUUCGCAACAAAUCGAUGUAAGACCGCUGUCAUGCGAAGCCGAAGACACAUGGCCUCACGGGUACAGCCUCAUUAACUACAUGAAAAUUGUUGAAAUGAAAGGCUUAACGGGAGUUAUAAAGUUCGAUCAUCAAGGAUUCAGAAGUGACUUUACUCUCGAUAUCAUCGAACUUACGAGAGAGGGCCUCCAGAAAGCGGGAACUUGGAAUUCCUCAGAGGGUGUUAAUUAUACAAGAUCGUAUGGGGAUAAUCAAAAGCAAAUAGUUGAAAUACUUCAAAACAAAACGCUCGUCGUUACUACAAUUUUGAGCGCGCCCUAUUGCAUGCGUAAGGAGGCAAGCGAGAAAUUAACAGGAAACGCACAAUUUGAAGGCUAUGCCAUUGAUCUCAUAAAUGAAAUAUCAAAAAUUCUCGGCUUCAAUUAUACGUUCAAACUUGCGCCUGACGGUCGAUACGGGUCCUAUAACCGGGAGACGAAAGAGUGGGACGGCAUGAUACGGGAAUUGUUGGAGCAAAGAGCGGAUGUGGCGAUUGCGGACCUCACUAUCACUUAUGACAGGGAACAGGUCGUGGACUUCACAAUGCCAUUCAUGAAUCUAGGGAUUUCGGUCCUUUACCGCAAACCUAUUAAGCAGCCGCCGAACCUUUUCUCGUUUUUAUCUCCCUUAUCCCUAGAUGUAUGGAUUUAUAUGGCCACAGCGUACUUGGGCGUAUCGGUGCUGCUCUUUAUACUGGCCAGGUUUACACCAUAUGAAUGGCAUCAAACGCAUACACCGGACGGUGAAAAAUUGGAAAAUAUCUUCUCUCUAUCAAACUGCUUGUGGUUUGCAAUCGGAUCCUUAAUGCAACAAAGCUGUGACUUUUUACCCAAAGCGGUGUCAACUCGGAUGGUGGCAGGAAUGUGGUGGUUUUUCACAUUGAUCAUGAUAUCCUCGUACACUGCUAACUUAGCAGCUUUUCUGACUGUGGAACGAAUGGACUCACCAAUCGAAAGUGCUGAAGAUUUGGCCAAACAGACUAAAAUUAAAUAUGGCGCUUUAAAGGGUGGAUCAACAGCGGCUUUCUUUAGGGAUUCUAAUUUCUCGACCUAUCAACGUAUGUGGUCAUUCAUGGAAUCAGCCCGUCCUUCUGUAUUCACAAGUAGCAACAAGGAAGGGGAGGAGAGGGUAAUGAGGGGCAAAGGAGCUUACGCAUACCUCAUGGAAUCCACGACAAUUGAAUAUGUUGUUGAACGGAACUGUGACCUCACGCAAGUGGGAGGGAUGUUGGAUUCUAAAGGAUAUGGAAUCGCUAUGCCACCAAACUCACCAUACCGUACUGCUAUAAGCGGAGCUGUUUUGAAACUGCAAGAGGAAGGAAAAUUACACAUAUUAAAAACGAAAUGGUGGAAAGAAAAACGUGGCGGCGGAUCCUGCAGGGAUGAAACAUCGAAAUCCUCUUCAACCGCGAAUGAAUUGGGUUUGGCGAAUGUCGGGGGAGUGUUUGUAGUAUUGAUGGGUGGUAUGGGCGUCGCCUGCGUCAUCGCCGUCUGCGAGUUUGUGUGGAAGUCGAGGAAAGUGGCGGUUGACGAACGGAAGGAAGAGGCCUCGCUUUGUUCGGAAAUGGCAUCCGAGUUGCGUUCAGCGUUGAAGUGUCCGAGUGGAGGAAGCGGGGGUGCGGGUGGGCCACGUGAGGGGGCGGACUCCCCGUACUUGCACUAUGGGUUCAGUACAAAGAGCCAGCUGCACUAGCGCCCGGACACCGCCUCCUCGCCUCCGAGCGAUGUGUAGGCAAAGACUUUACUAGAUUUGAGUGUUUAACUCAUUCAUAUUCCCUUCUCUUCUGUAGGGGUUAAUAUACCCCAUGUUUUUGUUAAACUUUUGUCAAAAUAUCUGUUAAUGAUGACCAAUGAAAUAUUGAUUCAAAAUUGUUUUGAACAACGUUACUUCAUGGAAAUAUUCGCAGUGUUUUAAAGUGUAAUUAAUUUUGUAACGAAGUACUUUAAGGCGCAUUUUCACUGAAAUACUUGACAAUGUAUUUGUAAUUCUAUAAGAAUCACCCCCAUCUUUUUGUUUAUUAUUUAAGGUAAAUAAAGAAACUUUUGUCAGUUUUGCGGAUUUUGCGAACUACGAGAUGGAGUAGUGAUCUUUAGUGACGUUUUGAAGAAUUACUAAAACAGAAAUUGCCAACUAUUUCAGUAGUUGCCAAAACUAGUUAAAAUCAAUUCAAUUUCAUUAUGUACUAACAUGACUAGCGUGUAAAUAAACCAUAUCGUGUAACGGUUUAAGAUACAAUAAUAUUGUUGUGAACAUUACGUGUUUAAAUUUUAGAAAUUAACUUUAAUUGAUUCGCCAAAUUUGAUAAAUGUGCCAAAUGAACGUUUUGUAAAUAUCUACCAGUAGUGUUAUUCAUGUUUCUGACUAACUUUUAUAAGUAGCGAAUUUGAUAUAUAACUAUUUAUCGAUGUGUAAAUACGUCAUUUCCGUAGAAACGCCGUAUACUUUGUGGAUUAUGUAACUCGACAUUUAAAUGAAAAAUGUCUUCAAAAAUGGAAGAGGUUCUAAAUUCGUCUGUCAAUUGUUUUUAUGUAUGUUCCGGUGCAAUUUCUUUAUGGAUAGAUUUUAAUGUUUGUUAUUGCUAUUCAGUGUCAGCUGUAAUGUAGUACCUCAAUUUCCUUAAUAUUUGAUAUUGUUAAGUUUCUAUUUGAACGUUUUAGGCAAAUUUUUGAAGUCAAGUUUUUGAUUUUUUUUAUAUAACGCGCUUUUAUUAUCAUUGUAAAUGAAGUGAGACCCAAAAGAAUGGUGUCCGUAUUAUUAAUAUUUUCAAAAUACGAUAAUAUUUAAAACAAAAUCAUAAUUUGAUCUAUUAUAGUGAUCGAUUCUAUAUAUAUAUGGUAUUUUUGUUUUAACUGUGAGAAUGAUGUUUCUUUGAUAUAGUGUUUUAAUUUUUUUCAUCAAUAUGGAUAUUUGAUUUGAAACAUCUUAUAGCGCAAUUAAUCAAGUAUAACGAUUCUAUAGGUAAAGAUACAGAAAAACCUUUUAAGCUUAAAGAAACCCGAACGAAGUUCCUUUCACUAUAUUUUAUGAUAUAGUGAAAUAAAUACACAACGUUUGAGAGUAAUUAAAUGAAAAAUAAAAAAUGAAAUUAAUUACUUUAAAUGUCCUAUAGAUAAUAAACACGUACUAUAGCAGAAGUAUCGUGAAGGUUGAAUUACACUUUAUACAAGCUCUCAUUCGCCAUGUGUGUGUAACGCGAUAAGGAACUUCAUUCCAAAAGAGUUUAAUUUUAAUUAAGCGUCUUAUUUUUUAAUUAACGAACUACACUAAGAUAACAACACUAACGGUCGUUUUGGAAUAUUUUUAAUCUAUUUAUCGCAAGGGACUUUUAGACUAUCGCGUUCUUAAAUUCGUUUUAGUAUAAAAUUUGUUCGCGCGCUGUUUUGUUUAUGGCUAGAGACACGCGCCCUAAUACCCCUAAUAUGGAUUACUCAUAAUUAUAGUUUGAAAGUCCCUUAUUUCAAGCUCAGUAUAGAGAUAGGUGUAUAUGUGUAGUGUUAAAAUAACAUAUGAAACUAAUUAAGUAACACAAUUAAUUCAAAUUGACCAGGACUUAACCUUGUACUAAAUGUUAUCAAGAAUAAUAUUUAUAUUGAAAACUAAAGCAAUGUUGAUGUCAGCUCAAAGUGUGCCAAAUCUAAUUACCCCCUCUUUAAAAUAUUUUGUAAGUUUACAUAUAAAGGUGAUUAUAAAAAUUAAAAAUUGUU